AUGGCCUCCGAGGAGCUGUACGAGGUUGAAAGGAUCGUUGACAAGAGGAAAAACAAGAAAGGGAAGACAGAAUAUUUGGUUCGGUGGAAAGGCUACGACAGUGAGGACGACACCUGGGAGCCCGAGCAGCACCUGGUGAACUGCGAGGAGUACAUCCACGACUUCAACCGGCGCCACAGUGAGAAGCAGAAGGAGGGCACCUUCUCCAGAGCCAGCCGGACCUCCCCGAACAAUGCCCGGAAGCAGAUCUCCAGGUCCACCAACAGCAGCUUCUCCAAGGCCGCCCCCAAGGCCCUAGUGGUGGGCAAGGAGCAUGAGGCCAAGAGCAGCCCGCUCUUUGCUGCCAGCCAGAAGUUCCGGAAGAGCCCCGCUCCGGGCCUGGCCACCCGCAAGAACAUGGACCUGGCCCGGUCGGGCAUCAAGAUCCUUGUGCCCAAGAGCCCCAUCAAGAGCAGGACCACGGUGGACGGCUUUCAGGACGAGAGCCCCGAGAAGCCAGACCCCGUGGAGCAGGGGCCGGAGGACACGGCGGCCCCAGAGGCAGCGGCCGAGAAGCCGGUCGGGGCCCUUCUGGGCCCGGGAGCGGAGCGGGCACGGAUGGGGAGCCGGCCCCGGAUACAUCCGCUGGUGCCGCAGGCGUCGGGCCCCGUGACAGCAGCCAUGGCCACGGGGCUGGCCGUGAAUGGGAAAGGCACCUCCCCGUUCAUGGACGUGCUGACGGCCAACGGGACGAGCACCCUGCAGACGUCAGUCACGGGCGUGACGGCUGGGAAGAGGAAGUUCAUUGAGGACAGGCGAGACCAGCCCUUUGACAAGCGGCUGCGCUUCAGCGUGCGGCAGACAGAGAGCGCCUACAGGUACCGGGACAUCGUGGUCCGGAAGCAGGACGGCUUCACCCACAUCCUGCUGUCCACCAAGUCGUCCGAGAACAACUCGCUGAACCCGGAGGUGAUGAAGGAGCUGCAGAGCGCGCUGAGCACGGCUGCGGCCGACGACAGCAAGCUGGUGCUGCUCAGCGCCGUGGGCAGCGUCUUCUGCUGCGGCCUGGACUUCAUCUACUUCAUCCGGCGCCUGACGGACGACCGCAAGAGGGAGAGCGCCAGGAUGGCCGAGGCCAUCAGAAACUUCGUGAACACCUUCAUCCAGUUCAAGAAGCCCAUCAUCGUGGCCGUGAACGGCCCAGCCAUCGGGCUAGGAGCAUCCAUCCUGCCUCUCUGCGAUGUGGUCUGGGCCAACGAAAAGGCGUGGUUCCAGACGCCCUAUACCACCUUCGGGCAGAGUCCAGAUGGCUGUUCCACUGUCAUGUUCCCCAAGAUUAUGGGAGGAGCAUCUGCGAACGAAAUGCUGCUCAGUGGACGGAAGCUAACGGCCCAGGAGGCAUGCGGCAAAGGGCUGGUCUCCCAGGUGUUCUGGCCGGGGACCUUCACCCAGGAAGUCAUGGUCCGCAUCAAGGAGCUCGCCUCCUGCAACCCCGUCGUGCUCGAGGAAUCCAAGGCCCUUGUGCGCUGCAACAUGAGGCUGGAGCUGGAGCAGGCCAACGAGCGGGAGUGCGAGGUGCUGAAGAAGAUCUGGGGCUCGGCGCAGGGCAUGGACUCCAUGCUCAAGUACCUGCAGAGGAAGAUCGAUGAGUUCUGA